AAGCUAGAAAGACAUGAAAAAAAAAAUCAGUAAUGAAGAGGAAAUGAAGGAAGCCAGUGCACCUACUUUGAAAUGGAAUAUUGUUAGUUGUUAAGAAGAAAGGGAAAUGUAAAGUGUCCCUGUAUGGUCAGGAAGUCAUUAGGAAACACCCAUUGACUCAAAAUAGGUCAUUUCAACUGCUAAUAAGCAUUGACCACUUGUCCACUUUUUAUACUCACAAAAGCAGUACUUGCUUAGGGUAAGCAGCACAUACAUAAUUCAGCUAUUUGGAAGUACAAAAAUUUACAUUAAAAAACUUCAGCAGCAUGUGGAAUUAUCUGUUAAUCAUACAAAUUGCAGGUAUUUUAACAGGUGUUGUUCAUAACAAAGUAACUAACAUGUGCCGAGGUAAUAAUCCAAAAUGUGACAGAGGAAAAAGCAUAAAAAUCGAGAUGGUUACAUGUCCAUCCCCUGCUAACAAACGUCUAUGGAUGCAAACAAAACCUGAAAUACGUACAAGGUGUGAAAAUGUAAAAGAAUGUGACAUUAACUUUGUAGUAAGUUCAGUUUCAGCAUGCUGUGGAGAAGAUGGUCAAAUAAAGAAACCUCGUCUGAGAUUCGUUUAUAAUUGUCCAACUUUGAAUGAAGGGGUGGCAAAAAACGCAACAAUGGCAUCAAAGAAACAAAAUUUUCCCACAACUACGAAGCAAACGGCGACUGCUUCUAAGAGUAUUCCUAUAUCUACACCUAGACAUGAAUCCGUUAGUAACAAUGUUCUCAACCCAAAGAAUGAAAAUUUCCCAGAAUCUGGAUUUUGUGAGGCAGAUAUUUGCUAUGAGAAACCUUACUGUUCGAUUGGAAGCAAAAUAGCCAUUCGCAAUUAUACAAAUAAUGGAGAACAGGACUGGAAAAUAAUGGGCAUGAUACAAUAUUAUUGCAACAAGAGACAGAACUGUGAAUCUGAAUUCAACGGAUAUACACAAAAGAUCUGCCUACCUGAUGCUAAAAAUGUGAUUCAAUAUAUUUGUAUGAAUGAAAAAAUCACAUAUGAUGUUGAUUGUCCGCACUCCCAAGUUAUCAGUGGUUCCGAAGGCCAUAUCAUUUCCAUUGACUAUCCUAGAAUGAUGCCACCAGUAACUAGUAUAUGCAACUUCAAAAUUGCUUUCAGUGAAGCAGUACCAAUAGAACUUUUUUUGCUGGAUGGAAAAAAUAUUCGUGUGCAGAUUAUUACUAAAGAUGAUAUAACUGUUACUAAAGAUCUUAAUCCUUUUCACACCAUCCUGGGAGAAUCCUUUGAAAUUAAUUUUGAAAUCAACCCUGAAAAUUUAAGAGAGAAACGAUUUUGGAUAUAUUACCGCACACUGACAACUGAUAAUGUCCACAGCAAACCUGCACUUCCAUGGAAAGACACGUGUCCGGAAACAAUUGAGAAGAAAACAACUCAAAUUCAGACAACUGAUAAAAUCAAAACAACAUCAGAAAUAAAUAAAGACGAUAUUGCCAAAAGCGAUGUUAGUAAGAAAGAUUUACCACCAACACGUAGGUCUGAAAUAUUUUCUAAAAGUACUGAAGUGAUCGAUUCUACUGUAAGAAUGGUACCUGCUCUGACCCCAGUCCAUAGAGAGGUGAAGACCCAUAAAACAGCCGCUGACGGGAAGAUGGAAGUAAAAUUUAGCACCACUGAAACUAGUCAUGUUGCAGUUAUAACCAAUAAACAUCAUGAAACUGGGGUUAUGGAUGGCACUGAGGAAAAUAGCGUAAGACACACAAGUGUAUCUUCGCAGCCUGGAAUGUUUGGCAAAGAAAUUAUCACAGGACUGAUAGCUGGAAUUGUAAUUCUCGCAUGUCUCGUGAUAAUUUUGUUGACAGCACUGAUUGCCAGCAUGAAGCGACGUCGACGAUGCCUGGCUGCGAAUACAGAGAGAGAAGAACGCUCUAGCAGUGAAGCCAUAAACGAACCCUUAGCAUCAUUCCAGUACCUGAAAGAAAAUUUUGGUGAAGGAGACAAUGAAACACUGAAUGGUCGGUCAAAGAACAGUGAAAAUAAUCUUCUUGACGAUUCAAAGACUGGUUCCAAUUCAAAGCACAUAAAAAAGAAAAGUUCUUUAAUUUCAUCAGGAAAUGAGUCUGGUAAGACAAUGGACUCUGCAACUAGCAAGGACAAUGUUUUUCAGUUUUCUAAAACUGGUGACGAAUUUCCAGAAAGUGACUAUUCAACUCAGGAAAAGAAUAAAUAUCCUGACAUGGGCACCAUGAAAAUUGGUGAUAAUACUUUCACUGGCCGGAAGAAUUCUGAUGCCGACAUUUUAACAAGAAAGGACAGCCAGGAAAGCAAAGGUGACGAUGACGUAUUUCGUGACCUUCAGCAUUUUUAUGUCAAUGGAGAUGACUACGCUCUUGUAAAAAAGGAUACCCGCACAUCUAAGAGUGGUUUUCUAAGUGACAAUACUACUUUGGUUCCAAAAAGUAAUAGUAGUGGCAGCAUGCAUGACUCAGAUGUUUUAGAAUGGACGAAAGGAUUCAAUUUGGCCGUGUAACAGGAUUUAAAAAAUAUGUUUAAUUGAAACCAGUUUAGGCCUAAGGAAUUGAUCCAUAUAAUUGACUUUAGAUUAUCUGUUAUCUCAGUCUCGUUCAAGUAGCAGAUAUAUCUAAACUGUAGAUUUUAAGAUAACAUAUAUAUAAUAAAUCAAACAUUCAUGCUAUAAUUCUUAGUGUAAUAAAAACACCUGAUUUCUUCAAAUUAACUCCAAUUAUUAAAAUCAUUAACCUGAAAAUUUAUAUUAAUCAACUUUUUAUUCGUUUUUUAAAGAAUUGUUUCAUUUCAAAACUACUGCUCUCUUCAAAUAUAUAUAUGCCAACUAGAACCUUUUGAACAUUCUCUAAAACUAUUUGAUGCAAUGUCUGUCCUGGUACUGAUUUACUCCACAUACAAAUUUUUUACUUCUAAUUAUUGAUUGUUGUCUCUGCAAAAUGCUCAUCGUCUGAUAUUUAUCAAAUCUGAAUUAAUUAGGCAUUCACAGUAUUAGCUAUUUAUUCUUCAACAAUUAAACAUUUUUCUAGAGAGGUUAAGCGUUAAUGCUCUUUAUAUUUCAUUCCUUUUUUAC